AUGAAGUCUCUUUCCCUGCUCACAGCCUCUGCGCUGCUGGGCGCUGCCUCUGCCGAGGUCCACAAGCUCAAGCUCAACAAGGUCCCUCUGGACGAGCAGUUUGCCGCUGCCAACAUCGACAGACAUGUUCAGUCGCUUGGCCAGAAGUACAUGGGUUACCGCCCGUCUUCUAGCUACCAGGACACCUCCAUCAAGCCCGAGGGUGGUCACAACGUGCUAGUCGACAACUUCCUGAACGCCCAAUACUUCUCCGAGAUUACUCUGGGUAGUCCCCCUCAGUCCUUCAAGGUCGUCCUCGACACUGGUAGCUCCAACCUGUGGGUUCCCUCGUCGCAGUGCAACUCGAUCGCCUGCUUCCUUCACAGCAAGUAUGACUCGUCUUCAUCGAGCACCUACAAGAAGAACGGCACCGAGUUCGCCAUUCAGUACGGCUCUGGCAGCCUGAGCGGUUUCGUGUCUCAGGAUACUCUGACGAUCGGCGACCUGCAGAUCAAGCACCAGGACUUUGCCGAGGCGACCGAGGAGCCUGGUCUGGCCUUCGCCUUUGGCCGCUUCGACGGUAUCCUGGGUCUGGGCUUCGACACCAUCUCCGUCAACAAGAUGGGUCUCCUGGACGAGCCCGUCUUCGCCUUCUACCUGGGCGACACCAACAAGGAGGGUGACGAGUCCGAGGCCACUUUCGGUGGCGUCGACAAGAGCCACUACACCGGCGAGAUGAUCAACAUUCCCCUCCGCCGCAAGGCUUACUGGGAGGUCGACUUUGAUGCCAUCAGCCUCGGCGACAACACUGCCGAGCUCGAGGACACCGGUGUCAUCCUCGACACCGGCACCUCGCUCAUUGCUUUGCCCUCCACCAUGGCCGAGCUCCUGAACAAGGAGAUUGGUGCCAAGAAGGGCUUCACUGGCCAGUACACCGUCGAGUGUGACAAGCGUGACAGCCUGCCCGACCUCACCUUCACCCUGGCCGGUCACAACUUCACCAUUACCUCCUAUGACUACAUCCUCGAGGUCCAGGGCUCCUGCAUCAGCAGCUUCAUGGGCAUGGACUUCCCCGAGCCCGUUGGUCCCCUGGCCAUCCUGGGUGACGCGUUCCUGCGCAAGUGGUACAGCGUGUACGACCACGGCAAGGGCUCCGUUGGCCUGGCCAAGGCCAAGGCCAACUAA